AUUAAUGGAUUAUAAAUUUGAUUCUCGUCUUAUUACAUAAGAUGAAAUUUUACAUUUAUAAUUUAUUUUUUUAUUAAAAUUAAGAAUACGAUCAAUAUUAGAUUUUAAAAAUAAAGACAUUUCCCUAACAAAAUCCAUUCAGCCCUGUCCCCCGCCCCUCAGAGCUCUCUCUCUCUCUCUCUCUCUCUCUCUCCACGAAGCCUCUCCUUGAAUGGGUUGCAGAGACACGUCGUCGUGGCGUUGCGCCACCACCGGCACCGCAACCACCUCAUUGAAGCUUCAAUAUCCUUUCUUCUUCUUCAGGUCCACCAUCUCCUUCUGCACCAACACUACUCCAACUCAUUCCACCUCUUUCUCCGCCUCCUCCAGCCGUCGCUGGUACAAUCCCGCCCGAAGGCUACGCUUCCACCGGCCACCGCCGGAGAUCGUCCGCCACUGGGUCGAGGCCGAUCCUCCGCUUCCGUAUCACCAAUCUCAAGAAACAUUUAUGGUUGUGUCAUAUAACAUUCUGGGGGACAGAAAUGCUUCAAAACACAGAGAUUUAUACACAUAUGUUCCUUCAAUUUACAUGAAAUGGGAUCGUCGCAGGAGAAUCAUAUGCAGAGAACUCUUAGGAUUGGACCCUGAUAUAAUCUGUUUGCAAGAGGUGGACAAGUAUUUUGAUCUCCUGAACGUAAUGGAGAAUGCAGGAUAUAGUGGCUCAUAUAAGAAGCGUACAGGAGAUGCGGUUGAUGGCUGUGCCAUGUUUUGGAAAGCUGAUAAGUUUCGGUUGUUAGAGUGUGAGACCAUUGAAUUUAAGGGAUACAACCUUCGUGAUAAUGUUGCUCAGCUGUCUGUUUUUGAGAUGUCUGAAGCUGAGUCAAGAAGAUUUGUAGUUGGAAACAUCCAUGUUCUUUACAAUCCAAGCCGGGGGGACGUGAAACUUGGCCAAAUUCGUUCAUUCUCAUCGAAGGCACACAUCCUCUCGGAAAAAUGGGGCAGUGUACCUGUUGUGCUGGCUGGUGAUUAUAACAGCACUCCUCAGAGUGCAAUAUACAAAUUUGUAUGGUCAUCACAGCUGCAUAUCAUGUCACAUGAUAGAAAAGGGUUAUCUGGUCAAAGAAGUUGCCAUCCUGCUAACAUUUUUGGCAUCAAAAGGGAAAAGGAAGAUCUGCUUUUUUCAUUUGACAGAUUUUUCAAGAGCUGCUGGAGUGACAAAGAAGUAAAGGUUGCAACAGGUGAUGCAGGGAGUCCAGUAGUUGAACACCCUCUAAAGCUUAGUAGUUCUUAUGCCAAAGUCAAGGGAUAUGCAAGAACCAGGGACUUUAAUGGUGAACCAUUAGCUACUUCCUACCAUUCGAAGUUUAUUGGAACUGUUGACUACCUGUGGCACUCAGAUGGCCUUGUACCCACACGAGUUCUGGAUACGCUUCCACUUGAUGUCCUUCAGAAGAUAGGUGGCCUUCCAUGCAAGAACAUCUCAGAUUAGUUUCUCUAUAUACAUAAUCCAUCAGGAAUUGGGCAGUGACCACUUGGCCUUGGUUUCUGAGUUUGCCUUCACAUGCAAUGAAGAAACUGCAGACAGCACAGGUGAGGGUGCCCUAGUAUCCCAAGAUUCGUUGUUGUAAUGAGUUCUUCAGUGUUCUGCUGGUGAGAUAAAGAGACAGGUAUGGAGGAUUUGUAGCCAAUCCUUGGAAAGAAGAGCUCUAGAAAGAUGAUUCAGAGGUUCUAGAUCAGAAUUGUUGUUUGUAUUUCGUUUCCUUAUUAUUUUUAUUAUGUUUAUAAGCAAGUGUAAUACAAUGAAAUUAAAGAGAGGCUCCUUAAUUAAGGGGGAGAACUUCCCAAUGUAAGCCAAUUUGAAACAGUACAUAGAUUUAUCAGUUCAGUUGUAAUUAGUCACUUUGUGUAAUUAGCUAUGAUGCCAUUUGCUGUGGAACCUGUUCUGAUGCUAUUUGUUGGGCAAUUAGAUUUGAUAUCACUUAUUAGGUA